CGAAGGCAGCGCGUAUCAGCGGCUGUGGUGUAUAUAUCGUGUUCCAGCAAACUCCUGUAAUACAUACGUGUCCGUCCCGUGUCGUCUCGUGUUGUGUCCGGCGUUCCCACUUAGCCGCAAGGCCGCAACCGCGCUUGGCACAUUACGAAAUCUAUGGGGAUUGUGCGUCGUCGUCGCGUCACGUUGGUGGGAUCUCUCGUUCGUGCGUUCGUAUAAAAGGCGCCCCGGCCGGUCGGCGCGCCUUGCCGUUCACGAAUAAGUAAACAUGCUCCGGGCACGGCUGUUACUCCACUUUCUAGCGCUUAGCCUCCUCCCCGUAUUGGCCCCGGCUGACGAGCACACUCACAUCUACGAGGAUGGCGACGAGGUUGUACUAUGGAUGAGCACAGUAGGGCCAUAUCACAAUCGUCAAGAGACAUACUCCUACUAUUCUUUACCUUUUUGUAUGGGCAACAAGAAUGUAAUCAAUCACUAUCACGAGACCCUUUCCGAAGCUCUACAGGGCAUUGAAUUGAAGUUUAGUGGCUUAGAUAUCGAAUUCAAAGAGGAUAUCUCAAAGACGGAAUACUGCCAGAUAAAUUUAAAAGAAGAGAGCCAGAAAGCGUUUGUCUACGCAAUAAAGAAUCAGUACUGGUAUCAAAUGUAUAUCGACGAUCUACCGAUAUGGGGUGUUGUAGGAGAGCUCGAAAACAAUGACGGGAUUGCUGUAUCGGACUCGUAUUACAUCUGGACACAUAAGAAAUUUGAUAUUGGAUACAAUGGUAUACAGAUAGUGGAUGUCAACCUGACCAGCGAGAACAAAGUGAAACUGGUGCAGGGUGCGCAUAUACCGUUCAGUUAUGAAGUCAAUUGGAAGAAGAGCAACGUCAAAUUUGAGGACAGAUUCGACAAGUAUCUGGACCCAAACUUCUUCCAGCACAGAAUACACUGGUUCAGUAUCUUCAAUAGUUUCAUGAUGGUGAUCUUCCUCGUUGGUCUCGUGUCGAUGAUAUUGAUGCGCACUCUGAGGAAAGAUUAUGCUCGAUACAGCAGAGACGAAGAGAUGGAUGACAUGGAGAGAGAUUUGGGCGACGAGUACGGCUGGAAGCAGGUCCACGGAGACGUAUUCAGGCCUGCGAGUCACGCCAUGCUCUUCUCAGCCUUCAUAGGUGCCGGUUAUCAGGUCACGGUGGUGGUGCUGAGCGUUAUUAUUUUCGCUAUCUUGGGCGAGCUCUACACGGAGCGGGGAUCGAUGCUGUCGACAGCGAUAUUCGUAUACGCCGCUACGUCGCCCAUCAACGGGUACGCGGGCGGCGGACUGUACGCGCGGAUGGGCGGACGCGUGUGGAUCAAACAGAUGAUCCUGAGCGCCUUCAUGCUGCCGUUGAUGGUUUGCGGUACCGCUUUCUUCAUCAACUUCAUUGCCAUGUAUUACCAUGCCAGUAGGGCGAUACCAUUCGGAUCCAUGGUUGCAGUAACGUGUAUCUGCAUAUUUGUGAUAUUACCGCUGACGCUGGUGGGUACUAUCCUAGGCCGGAAUCUCGCCGGGACGCCGGACGCUCCUUGCCGCGUGAACGCGGUCCCGCGGCCGAUACCCGAGAAGAAGUGGUUCAUGGAACCGCUGGUGAUAAUAAUGCUCGGCGGAAUCUUGCCGUUCGGCUCGAUCUUCAUUGAAAUGUACUUCAUCUUUACUUCGUUCUGGGCGUACAAGAUCUACUACGUCUAUGGCUUCAUGCUGCUAGUAUUCGUUAUUCUCAUGAUAGUGACGGUGUGCGUCACUAUCGUAUGUACAUAUUUCCUGCUGAACGCUGAGGACUAUCGAUGGCAGUGGACGAGUUUUCUCGCAGCGGCUUCGACGGCCGGUUACGUCUACAUUUAUUCCUUUUACUACUUCUUCUUCAAAACUAAAAUGUAUGGUCUCUUUCAAACGGCAUUUUACUUCGGCUACAUGGCACUGUUCAGCUUGGCCCUGGGUAUCAUGUGCGGAACGGUCGGAUACAUCGGUACCAACGCGUUUGUACGGAAGAUAUACUCCACGGUGAAAAUAGACUAGACGUCAUAUUGCUGAUGUGUGUCAUUCGUACCGUGGAUCAUCGCGAUGAUCAACGCCUGUGCGCGAGGCUGACUGUUUUGUGACGAAAUGAAGUAGACACGUACUUCUGCAUCUGUCCAUUUGUCUGAAGCGGACUAUCAUGACGCUCGUGGGCGCAAAUCUUGUUUUCCAGCUUUGUCGAUCAUCGAUCAUCACCAACUUGAUUAACAUAAUCGCAGUAUAGAAGCGGCGUUAUACGACGUACAUCCUUCUUCAACGUAUUAUUAUUACUCUUCCAGUGGAACUCGUGCCACACAGCGCACCAGAUAUUCGAGCAAUGCCUUCAUCUCGCAUCUCCGCUCGUCAAUCUUUUUUUAAAUCUCGAGUUGCUAUUCGACGCAAGUGAAAACACGCUGUAAACGGAUCCUAAUUAGUACGCGGUAGUACUAAUUAAACCUAAUUAAUUCGUAUUAUAAUAUACGCGCGUGCGUAUGUUGCAGUCAUUUGUCAAUAAUAAAAUAAUAAUUGUAAGUGUUAGCCAAUUUCCAUAUAAGUCCACGGAAUUAUGCAAAUGAAAAUUUCGCAAUCGUGCAGAUUUUAUGUCAUUGUCAUAUAUUUUUUAUUGAGCUAUAUAUACAUAUAUAUAAAAUAUAUAAAAUUGUAACUAAUGGUUUAUGGAUUAAUACAUAUACGAGGAUCAUUUAAAUAAAUCCUUAGAAAAUAUAUACGUGUAUGUACAUAUAUACGUCAACUAUCAUGUCCGUUUGAUAUUAGUCCCGCCAUCUCAUAUAUUUUCUAAGGAUUUUCCAAACGACCCUUGUAUACAUAGAUACAUAAAUAUAUACGAUAUAUGAUCUCAUGAUAUAUUAUAUAUCAUAUCAUAAUAUAUAUAAUAUAUAUAUAUGUCAUAUAUCAUGCACGAUUGCGUUUGGAUAUACUUUAUAAUUUUGCUGUGUCGCUUGUGAGCAGCAAAAUUGAUGCAGAAAAUUGAUCGGAUUGAAUUAUGGGAAAUAACUCGAAUAACUUUAAUUUACUUUAUAGCUAAAGAAGUUCUUUAGUUCAGGCAAUGAUAGUAAUAGCGUGUGAUGUAAAGUAAUCGUUUUUCAGCGUUAAGCGAACGCGCGAAGAGUAAAAUCUUUAUAAUAUUGAAGGUUGAAAUAGGUAAUUUUUGGGUGAACUGGAGCGACAAUGUGUUAUAAUUUAUUAACUUGAUAGUUUCAUAAGGCUCUUAUAUCGAUAUUUAAACUAUUUUUUUUCAGUGAGGAUAAUGACUAGGUCGUCCAAUACAAUUUGCAACUGUUAACCGGAUUCGUUGAUGGUCAUCAGCGGAAAGCUCUUAACUUAUCCUUAGGAUAGAUCGUAGUAUAAGAUAAGAGACAGAACAUUCAGACGCAUAAUGCCGAUCCUCUUAAAUAUGCGGCAUUGUAACUGCAUGUAUCCUGUUCUUGUUUUUAUUAUUUUGUCCCUUCGUUGAGUGUUUACGUUAUUACUUUGAAUCAUGGACAGCUAUUAUCUCUUGCGAUAUCAGCUACUAUGCAUGUAUCGCUUACUAUUGCAAAAUUAAUCCUGCAAAAUAAUUAGGAAGUGAAUACUUGAACAUUUCUAUUCAUGAAUCAUAAAUGACAGUUUCAAUGAUGAUUUUAUUCAAGAUGGCUGUAUCGUCAGUGGAAGUCUUCGAAGAUAAAUAAUUUGUUGUUAGAUGUAGCGAUUCUAAAAAUAUAAAAUUUCUACGUACAUCAACGCAA